GGGAACCCACAGCGCUCAACAAUUUUUCUUCUUCAUGGCUGACGACAUUCGCUCAUGGCGUCCUUCGUCCACCAAGCGCUGGAUCUGGACAGAACCCAGAUUCGGCUAGUCCGACUUUUGCCAUCUCGAGACUACUCCGUCUCAUGCGAAGUGCAUGUCUUUGACUUCAAUGACUGUCCUCCUUAUGAGGCAUUGUCCUACGUGUGGGGCUCCGACCUUGAAACUGCGACCAUCGAACUCAAUGGCCGACCGUACGAAGUUCGCGAAAACCUGUGGUGGUUUCUGGAGCACGCAAGGAUGAACAACUGCUCUGUGGAUGAGCACGACGUUCACCUCCGUCGAUUUGGCUGGCUCUGGAUAGACCAGCUGUGUAUCGAUCAGAACUUUCCAGCCGAGAAGAACCAGCAAGUGCAGAUGAUGUCUCGCAUCUUUGAGAAUGCGAAGCGCGCCAUUGUGUGGCUCGGACCUGAGGAGCACGAUAGCGACCGCGCACUGUCCGUCAUUAUGUUGGCCGCAAGCUUGUUCAGUGGCGACCCGUACGAGCUUAGCUCUAUGGAAAAGAGACAAGUAUGCGAGUUUUUUCAUAGCGACGGCAUCUGCAACGUUCGAGCCCGACAAAGUGUUAUAGCCAUGUUUGAGCGACCUUAUUGGACUCGUAUAUGGACUGUGCAGGAAUUUCUGCGAGCCGGCGAACUGCUCAUCAUGUGUGGAAACCACGCAAUAUUCUGGGUCGAGCUCGCGAUUUUCUACCGUCUAUACCGGUUCUUCAUCGACUGCAUGAUCUCUAAGGAUCCGAAAUACGCUCUCACAAAGUCCAUCUUUGGUCCCGCAGAUCGUUAUAUAGAGCACAAAUUUAACGCUGUGUGGCCGGCAUCUGCUGUUUGCAAGAAUACAGACUUUCCACACUCUUGCUGGCAAGGAUACCUCUACCCACCUCAGUGGCCUUUGGAUUCUGUUCUCUUUAGCUUCAGCCAUCUUAACUGCGGCGACAUCCGAGACAAGAUAUUUGGCUUGCUUGGCAUAGUGAAGGAACAGGACAGAAUAAUCGUCGAUUAUGACCAAGCGCCGCGCACAGUGUUCAGUAUGGCCAUGUCAGUGAUGCGUGGGCGUGGCCAAGCUUACCCAGAUAGGAGCGCAUUCUACAGGCUAGGAACGAUUAUGGGAGCCACGUUGAAGGAACUGAGUGAUUGCGAGUUUUUCACGAGCAAGGAGCUGGUUAAUGCGGGUCGGAAGCGUAAGCUUUCUAAUGAUAUUGCGACGUUUGCUAAGCGAUUGAUGGGCAAUGGCGUUCCUACUUUGGCAGUGCCAUGAUUUUAAGAUACCCUUUAGGCAGGUUAUACACGCAUACGAUGCUCUUCAGUUGCGACGAAAUAA